UGUCCUUUAUGCAAAGCCAGAUUCCAUCGACCAGAACAUGUCAAGAGACAUUUACGUUCCCACUCUUCAGAAAAGCCAUUUCACUGUGAUCAGCCUGGGUGUAAUAAAAGAUUCAAUAGAAACGAUAAUUUGAAAGCACACUUGAGGAAAAUCCAC